AUGCCUUCUGAGUCUCUAUCUAAUGCUACUCCAAAUGUAAAGCUUAUUACGGAGGAGGAAGCGGCUUUGUAUGAUAGGCAAAUAAGGUUAUGGGGUUUGGAUGCCCAAAAUAAGCUCAAAGGAUCCCGCAUUCUAAUUUUGGGCAUGUCAGGUCUAGCUGCUGAGAUUUCCAAGAAUAUUGUCCUCGCGGGUGUCAGCUGCCUUACUAUUCGUUCGCAAGCAGCUCAACCCAAAAUAAAAGCUCUCAAUCCCAUGGUCACUGUGACUGCGGUGUCUGAAGAUCCAAUCAAGGAAAUAAAGAAUCAUGUUCUGAAUCACGAUGUGGUGUUCUAUUGUUUGGACUCUUCCGGAAACUGGGUAGCCGAGUGGCUUAGGCUCUCCCACAUUGUUGACGAAUGCCGCCAGAUAUCUGGCAAAAAUAUAAUUCUUUUCACCUGUAUUGUUAAUUCGUUUAGUGGAAUCGCCUUUGUCGACCUUGGUCAUCACGUUUAUUCCCAGUUCCUUGGACAACCAGCCUUGCCCUCGGUGAAUGCAAUCCUUGGAGGACUUCUGGCUCAGGAGGCGAUUCAG